CCUUCGCGGCUCCUGGCCUGAUUGAGAGAGGAAAGAUGGCGUCGGAAGUUCGAGGAAUGGAGCAGGAUGUGGAAGAUGGAGAGAUUUCGGACUCGGACUGCGAAAUGCCGGUCUCAGCUGCUUCCAGGAGUCCCCAACAGAAGCUCCAUGAUAGCAGUAAUCCAGCAAGAUCUUUCCCCAGUAGCAUUUCACAUUCUGCUACAAGUGUUCCUUAUCGGACAGUGAAAAGUGUGGAUUCAACUGAUGAAAGCUUUUCAGAUUCUGAUGAAGAUAGUGGUCUAUGGAAGCGAAAGCGGCAGAAAUGUUCAAACCUUCCUCCCCUCAAACCAGAGCUUUACCAGUUUGCUCCAAACCCUCACAAACAAAUCCCAGUGGGGGCUAAAAAGAUCAACAAUAUAUGGGGUGAAGUUCUGCAGAAACAGAAUCAAGAUGAUAUGGCAAAGGAACUUGGGAUUUUAUGGAUGGAUGGCAGCCUUGACAAAAGCCGAGCGUCAGAGACCUACAACUACUUGUUAGCAAAACAGCUGAUAAAAAAAUCUGAAUCAGAAGUAGUUAAGACAUUAGACAAAGAGUUGGAUGAAUAUAUGCAGGAUGAUAAAAAGACUUUAUCAAAAGAGGAGGAGGAAGAGGUGAAUAGACAAGGUCUCUGGAAACGGAAAAGGCCCAUAAAGGACAGAUUAGGUCCAAGGCAAGAAAUGAAUUAUAAAGGGAGGUAUGAAAUUACGGAAGAUGAUCCUGAAGAAAAAGUGGCAGAUGAAAUUGCCUACCGGCUUUAUGAACCAAAGAAGGAACUAAUUGCAAGGAUAGUGAAAAUUAUUGGCAAAAAGAAAUCUAUUGAACUACUGAUGGAAACAGCUGAAGUGGAGCAAAAUGGAGGUCUUUUAAUCAUGGAUGGUUCUAGAAGAAGAACACCAGGUGGAGUUUAUAUAAACUUGCUGAAAAGCACACCUUGCAUAACCAGUGAACAAAUCAAGGAAAUCUUCUAUAUUGAAAAUCAAAAGGAGUAUGAGAAUAAAUGUGCUGCAAAGAAGAGGAGAUUUCAAGUGCUGGGGAAAAAGAUGAAGCAAGCUAUUAAAGGACUUAAUCUUCAAGAAUAUGAUGAUGCCUCUCGAGAGACUUUUGCAAGUGACACAAAUGAAGCCCUGGCUUCUCUGGAUGACUUGCAAGAAGGACAUGGGGAAAUAAAACUGGAUCCUGAAGAUGCUAUUGAAGUAGAUAACAGUCAUGAUAUAGAUAUCUUUUGAUGUAUUAGAUAGUUCAGGGAUCAAAAUCUUUGUGAUGUAUAUAUAUAUUAAUGUUCAGUUUUAUAUUAUGAUUAUAUCUUUUCAUUAGUUGCAAUAGUGCCUAUUAUGUCAAUCGGUCAUAUGCUGAAAAGGGCCAUUUUAUUUCUCACUGCUGAUACUUGAGUUUUCAGUUUGUUUCAGAUCAUGAAUAUUGUACAUCUUCCUUUAUUUCAUAACUUCAGUAGACCCUUAACACCUAAUGCACAUUCUUGCAUCUCAAGGUUAGUUUAAUAUUUUAAAAAAACCCUGAGUGCUCUCAUUCCAGAGUAAAACUUAUAUAUGAAACUGAAUAUAACUGCAUGGAAACACUAUUUCAUUUAAGUAAUAGUAAUAUGAAACAAAUAUCACUCUAACAUAUACUCUGGUAUGGAAGCCUUUUAGCAUGAUCAUUGUCUUCAUGAUAAAUCUGGGAACACAUUUUGACCCACAAGCCAGAUGGGUAUUCAGUGUGCUUGCAAGAUAUUUUAGAUGGAACAUUAAGGAUGCUCUUCACAGUUGAAAAGAUUGCUUCUAAAGGGGACAUGGAAUUGUCCAAUUUGUCUACUGUUUUAAUGAUUAAACCUGAGGUUUUGUCCUAUGAAUAUGAAGUGAUAAAUACUAUAUGUUGCAUGCUUAGAGAACUUCAAUUUCAGCUUUUGUUGACCAUUAAUUCUGAGAAAAUCAUAUAAGCAUGCAAUAAUUAAGACAAACCUUUCUCUUUUACAGUUCUUUCAGUUUUCAACUUAUACCUGAGUUUUGUGCUAACACAAUCCUGCAUAAAAUUAGUUGUACUAGGAGUAAAUCACUUCAGUCAGUGAACCUUAAGUUAGUUGUGACUUAAGACUCAUUGAUAUCAGAUAUCAGAAGAACACCUCAGUCUGAAUCCAGCCAGCAUAAAUGGGUACAAAACUUGUCUCAGUUUCAUUUUGUUUUGAAGUUAACAAUUCUGAACAUGGGAGCUAGCUAUAAGAUUUAAUCUCCAUUGUCAUCCCUAUUAAUUACAAUAAUCUUAAAAGAACAGAAAAGUUAAGAAAUCAAGCAACACAUCUGUCUGAAUUGUUGUAGUAGACUUAUGUAUCAUAUUUGUAAAAGGUUUCAUGAGAUUAGAGUAGAAUUUGCAAAACUGGUUUAAUUUUUUCAUUUGUAAUGUGUAAAAAAAAUAAAAAUUGUUGGCUU